AUGACCGCAGAUCUCGCUCCCCCCGCCGCUGCCGCGUCCGGCACCGCCGGCCCAGCCACGCGCGUCAAGUCGGCCGCCUCGACGGUCAGCCAGCUCAAGUACCCACGCGGACACCUGGGUUACCUGAGUCCCCACGAGGACGACGCGCUGCAGCAGUUCAAGGCCGUGCUGGAGGAGAGAGGCGCGUACAAGCCCGGCCCGCCAGCAUCCCACGACGACCCAACGCUCCUGCGCUUCCUCCGCGCUCGGCGAUGGGUCGUCGAGGAGGCGUACAAGCAGUUCAAGGACACCGAGGACUGGCGCGCCGCCAACAACAUCGACACUCUGUACAAGACGAUUGAGCUCGACGCCUACGAGCAGAGCCGCCGAUUGUAUCCCCAAUGGACCGGCCGCCGCGACCGCCGCGGCAUCCCCCUGUACGUGUUUGAGAUCAAGACGCUCGACAGCAAGACGGUCGCCGAGUACGAGCGCCUGGGCGCCAAGUCGACCUUCUCCGACGCGCAGACGGACGGCAAGACGCCGCCGGGCCUGCUGCGCCUGUUUGCGCUGUACGAGAACCUGACGCGCUUCGCGCAGCCGUUUUGCACGCAGCUCAAGGACCGCGAGAGCCCCGACGUGCCCAUCACCAUGAGCACCAACAUCGUCGACAUCUCGGGCGUCGGGCUGAAGCAGUUCUGGAACCUCAAGGGCCACAUGCAGGCGGCGUCGCAGCUCGCCACGGCGCACUACCCGGAGACGCUCGACCGCAUCUUCAUCAUCGGCGCGCCCAUGUUCUUCAGCACCGUCUGGGGCUGGAUCAAGCGCUGGUUCGACCCCAUCACCGUCUCCAAGAUCUUCGUCCUCGGCGCCCACGAGGUCCGCCCCACGCUCGAGGCCUUCAUCGAGCCCGCCAACAUCCCCAAGAAGUACGGCGGCGAGCUCGACUACGAGUUUGGCCAGCUCGGCAACCCGGACCCGGGCUGGGAGGGCGUCGUGCAGUGGGAGGAGGGCUUCGACAGGUUCCCCACGGGGCCGCUGCUGUGGGAGGACGUCGACGGCGGGGAGAGGCUGGCGUGCGUCGCGUACGGCACCGAGAACGGCCAGCCCAGGCGGACGCGCGUGUGCACCGUGCCCAAGACGUGGCCCGAGGACGAAGAUGUCGCCGCCGCCGCCGCGCCCGUGCCGGAGACCAACGGCGAGACGACGACCGUCGAGGGAGGCGCCGCCACAACGAACGGCGUGCCGGCGACGACCACGACGACGGAAGUCAUUGAGGGGACGCGGACGACGGACGCGCCGCAUACGCACGACGAUGGCGUCCAGACCGACGACUCAGUGACCAACGGCACCGCCAUCGAGACGCUGAAGCUCGACGAGAAGCACCCCGAAAGCAGCAGCCCCGUCGCCUCGGCGGUGCCCGCGACUGUGGCCUAG